CUCGCACUUCAGCGUCAAUCACCACGACCGCCAUGGACGACCUCUUUGUAGGCUACAAUGCGUGGGCGUCGGAAGCGCUGGACAUCGUUGUGAAUGUAGACUUGGUGUACGAGGAGAAGAGCGAAGGCGGCGACCGUGGCGUGUACGUCUCGGACGAGAUCAAGCCGCACACGACCAUCUUGUCCAUCCCAGCGGAGAGUCUGCUGAACGUGCACACGAUGACCCAGUCGGCGCUGCGAGACCUGGCGUCGCUGCCACUCCGCGAAGACGACUGCUUGGCGUGGUUUCUCAUCUACGAGCGGUUUGUGAACCCCCAAAGCAAGUGGAAGCGCCACUUGGACGUAUUACCCCAUUCAUUCCACAACAUCUUAUACUUUACUGAGGACGAAAUCAACAUGUUGCAAGGAAGUAAUGUGUACUACGUCGCUCUCCAGCUCAAGCAACAAGUCGUGUCCGACUUUGCCGAGCUCCAACAGACCUUGCUCCCGGACACGCUGCGUCUCUUGCAUGCAGAACACUCGGCCGACGUCCUCAUGGCCGUCUUCACACUCGAGAACUACAAGUGGGCUUUGUCUGUGAUCUGGAGUCGGUUUGUGUCGGUGGCACUCGAUGCCGAAGACAACUUGGCCAAGAGCAUGGUGCCAGUCUUCGACAUGUUCAAUCACGACCCGCAUGCGCAAAUGAGUCAUGGCUUUGACCCGACCACCAACGCAUUCGUGUUGCGGUCGCACCAACACUGGACUGCCGGGUCCCAAGUCUGUAUCAACUAUGGUGCGUUGCCCAACCACAAGUUGCUCACGUUGUACGGAUUCGUCCUGCCGUCCAACCCGUUCGAUGUGGUCGAAUUAUGGGCCCCCAUGAGCGACGACGCUCCUUACUACAACCGCAAACUCGCGCUGAUGACGGGCCACGGCCUCGCCGACCACGCAACCGCUGCCCCCUUUGAGCUAUACCCCGACAGCCUCAACGACGAGCUACUGGCGUACCUCCGCAUCCAGCGCCUGGACGUUGGCGAGCUCAGCUCGGACCUGAUCGAGGUCGCCAACUUUGCCUUUGAACCAGUCCACGAUGACAACGAAAAGGACACUUUGACUGCGCUCAUCUACGCACUUCAGCAAAUGCUGGAAGCGUUCCCGAUUACCGUCGAGGAUGACGAGGCCGAACUGGACGCCAUCGCUCGCGUGGACACCAGCGACCACGACGAAGAAUCCCACCAUGUCAUGGCGCUGCGCCUACGUGUGUCGGACAAGCGCAUCUUGCACGCCCAGGUCAACAUGCUGCAGGAGCUCCUCCUUCCUGUUCUGGCGCGAAUGAACGAAAACGACCAAGAUUGAGCGAGACCCUGAUGCCCUACCUGAUUGAUUCCCACGGGAGACGCGCCAACCGUGUCAAUGGCGCCGUAGAUAGUGGAAGCGUCCGGUCGACACUAGUCUCAGUGUGGUCUACGUAACAUGAAUUUUCUCCAAUUCGCUGGAAUAAUCGGGCUGCACAUAAGCCCAUUCAGCAAGACGUUCUUGUGCAAGUGUGUU